AAGCAACAGUUGCAGUUACUGAAAGAAAGGUUCCAGGCCUUCCUCAACGGAGAAACUCAAAUUGUGGCUGAUGAAGCAUUUUGCAAUGCAGUUCGGAGUUACUAUGAGGUUUUUCUGAAGAGUGACCGAGUGGCAAGAAUGGUUCAGAGUGGAGGAUGUUCUGCUAAUGACUUCAGAGAGGUGUUUAAGAAAAACAUAGAAAAACGUGUGCGGAGUCUGCCAGAAAUUGAUGGCUUGAGCAAAGAGACAGUGCUCAGUUCAUGGAUAGCCAAAUAUGAUGCCAUUUACAGAGGUGAAGAGGACUUGUGCAAACAGUCCAACAGAAUGGCCCUAAGUGCUGUGUCUGAACUGAUUCUGAGCAAGGAACAACUCUAUGAGAUGUUCCAGCAGAUUCUGGGUAUUAAAAAACUAGAACACCAACUCCUUUAUAAUGCAUGUCAGCUGGACAAUGCAGAUGAGCAAGCUGCUCAGAUCAGAAGGGAACUUGAUGGUCGUUUGCAGCUGGCAGAGAAGAUGGCAAAGGAAAGAAACUUCCCCAAAUUCAUAGCAAAAGAAAUGGAGAAUAUGUAUAUAGAAGAGUUGCGAUCUUCAGUGAAUUUGCUAAUGGCCAAUUUGGAGAGUCUUCCAGUUUCAAAAGGUGGUCCGGAAUUUAAACUACAAAAACUAAAACGUUCACAGAAUUCUGCCUUUUUGGACAUUGGAGAUGAGAAUGAGAUUCAGCUGUCAAAAUCUGACGUAGUGCUGUCAUUCACCUUGGAGAUUGUCAUCAUGGAAGUUCAAGGUUUGAAGUCUGUUGCUCCCAAUCGAAUUGUUUAUUGUACAAUGGAAGUGGAAGGAGGAGAAAAACUGCAGACAGACCAGGCUGAAGCCUCAAGGCCACAAUGGGGAACUCAAGGUGAUUUCACCACCACCCAUCCUCGGCCUGUGGUCAAAGUAAAACUCUUCACGGAAAGCACUGGGGUCCUGGCCCUUGAAGAUAAAGAACUGGGAAGGGUGAUAUUAUACCCAACUUCUAAUAGCUCCAAGUCAGCUGAGUUGCACCGAAUGGUAGUUCCAAAAAAUAGCCAGGACUCUGACUUAAAGAUCAAAUUAGCAGUGCGAAUGGAUAAACCACCACAUAUGAAACAUAGUGGGUAUUUGUAUGCCCUUGGACAGAAGGUCUGGAAAAGAUGGAAAAAACGUUACUUUGUUCUUGUUCAGGUUAGCCAGUAUACCUUCGCUAUGUGCAGUUAUAGAGAAAAAAAGUCUGAACCACAAGAACUAAUGCAGCUUGAAGGAUACACUGUGGAUUAUACAGAUCCCCACCCAGGCCUUCAGGGUGGACAGAUGUUCUUUAAUGCGGUUAAAGAAGGAGACACGGUGAUAUUUGCCAGUGAUGAUGAACAGGAUAGAAUAUUAUGGGUUCAGGCCAUGUAUAGGGCCACAGGUCAAUCAUAUAAACCCAUUCCUGCGAUUCAAACCCAGAAACUGAAUCCUAAAGGAGGGACUCUCCAUGCAGAUGCUCAGCUUUCUGGUAAAGAUGCAGACCGUUUUCAGAAACAUGGUAUGGAUGAGUUUAUUUCUGCUAAUCCUUGCAAGCUUGACCACGCCUUCCUUUUUAGACUACUCCAGAGGCAGACUUUGGAUCACAGACUGAAUGAUUCCUAUUCUUGCUUGGGUUGGUUUAGCCCUGGCCAAGUCUUUGUGUUAGAUGAGUACUGUGCCCGUUACGGUGUGAGAGGCUGUCACAGACAUCUCUGCUACCUUACAGAACUGAUGGAACAUUCAGAAAACGGUGCUGUCAUUGACCCAACCCUGCUCCAUUACAGCUUUGCAUUCUGCGCCUCUCACGUGCAUGGCAACAGGCCUGAUGGAAUUGGAACGGUUUCAAUGGAAGAAAAAGAGAGAUUUGAGGAGAUAAAAGAAAGACUCUCUUCCCUUUUAGAAAAUCAGAUAAGCCAUUUCAGAUACUGUUUUCCCUUUGGACGACCUGAGGGUGCUCUAAAAGCUACGCUUUCGUUACUCGAAAGGGUCUUAAUGAAAGAUAUUGCCACUCCCAUACCAGCAGAAGAGGUGAAAAAAGUGGUCAGAAAAUGUCUCGAGAAAGCUGCCUUGAUCAAUUACACCAGACUCACAGAAUAUGCCAAAAUAGAAGGCCCAGCAGAAAAGGAAGCAGAGACCAUGAACCAGGCAACUCCUGCCAGAAAGCUGGAAGAGGUCCUUCACCUAGCAGAGCUCUGCAUAGAAGUCUUACAGCAGAAUGAAGAGCAUCAUGCAGAGGGAAGAGAGGCAUUUGCCUGGUGGCCUGAUUUAUUGGCAGAGCAUGCAGAGAAAUUUUGGGCUUUAUUCACAGUGGAUAUGGAUACUGCACUGGAGGCCCAACCACAAGACUCCUGGGAUAGUUUUCCUCUUUUCCAACUACUUAAUAAUUUCCUCAGAAAUGACACACUUUUACGUAAUGGAAAAUUUCACAAACACUUGCAAGAGAUCUUUGUGCCCUUGGUUGUUCGCUACGUGGAUCUCAUGGAGUCCUCCAUUGCCCAGUCAAUUCACAGAGGCUUCGAGCAAGAGACGUGGCAGCCUGUCAAGAAUAUCGCCAACAGUCUUCCCAAUGUAGCUCUUCCAAAAGUUCCAAGUCUGCCUCUUAAUCUUCCACAGAUUCCUAGCUUUUCUACUCCUUCGUGGAUGGCUUCUUUAUAUGAGUCCACCAAUGGCUCGGCAACAUCAGAAGACCUUUUUUGGAAACUUGAUGCACUGCAAAUGUUUGUCUUUGAUCUACACUGGCCAGAACAAGAAUUUGCCCACCACUUAGAGCAAAGACUUAAACUAAUGGCCAGUGAUAUGAUAGAGGCCUGUGUCAAAAGAACAAGAACUGCAUUUGAACUCAAGCUGCAAAAGGCAAGCAAAACAACUGACUUGCGCAUUCCAGCUUCUGUGUGUACAAUGUUCAAUGUCUUAGUCGAUGCCAGAAAGCAAAGCGCCAAACUUUGUGCCCUGGAUGGAGGACAAGAGUUUGGUAGUCAAUGGCAACAAUACCAUUCGAAGAUAGAUGAGUUGAUUGACAACAGUGUAAAAGAAAUCAUUUCACUGCUAGUUUCAAAGUUUGUUUCAGUGUUGGAAGGGGUGUUGUCUAAGCUGUCAAGAUAUGAUGAAGGCACUUUCUUUUCAUCCAUCCUGUCAUUCACUGUGAAAGCAGCUGCAAAAUAUGUUGAUGUUCCAAAACCAGGAAUGGAUCUGGCAGACACCUAUAUCAUGUUUGUUCGGCAAAACCAGGAUAUUCUUCGAGAAAAGGUCAAUGAGGAAAUGUAUAUAGAAAAGCUGUUUGAUCAAUGGUACAGCAGUUCCAUGAAAGUCAUUUGUGUCUGGUUGGCUGAUAGAUUAGACCUUCAGCUUCAUAUUUACCAACUGAAGACGCUCAUCAAGAUUGUGAAGAAAACCUAUAGGGACUUCCGACUUCAGGGUGUGUUAGAAGGCACACUGAACAGUAAGACCUACGAUACUCUGCACAGACGUUUAACAGUCGAGGAGGCUACAGCCUCCGUCUCGGAAGGAGGAGGACUUCAGGGCAUCACCAUGAAAGACAGUGAUGAAGAAGAAGGCUAA